AUGAGCGCAACAGAUAAUGGGAGUGAACAGGAUAAAGAAAGAUCUGAUAGCGUUUACAGCGGUGAUGAGAAAGAUGAGGUAAUAGUAGAGUUACUGAAUGAUAAGAAAAAGAAGGUGAAACGGUCUUCUCUGGCAUGCACCAGGUGCAGACGUAGACAUAUUAAGUGUCCGGGUGGGAAUCCAUGUUCCAAAUGUCUCAAGGCGGGUGUUGCUUGCGAGUACGUGGAACCCAAUAAGAAACUAAUCGUUUCUAUGAGUUAUUUGCAGCGGUUGCAGAACGAUUUGAGUAUGAUGAAGAAGGAAAACGUUAAGUUGCAAUCUUCGCUCACGGAACGUAACGCAAAGGUCCAGUCCCUAGAGCAAUUGAAACAACAGUACGACGAAUUGCGAUCACGUAGUAAGACUUAUCUCCAUGCUGAUACUACUAGUAGUUCAAGUUUCCAGCCAAAUCAGGAUACAAGGACUUUACCAGUGAUGAAUAAACCCGAUACGGAUGUGGUUUUUCAAAAGAACAGUGUCCAUGAUUUGGUUCAUGAUGAUGAAAUCGUGCCCAAUUUCUCAGAGAGGAGAGGCCGUUUGGUGGAAUCAAGGACAGGUCAAGAAUAUUUCGUUGGAUCAUCGUCAAUGACAUUGUUUGGUAUGGAGAUUCUUUCCUUGAUCCCUGAUUCGUUGAGAAGGAAAAGAGCACAUUUGGAUAGGAAGAAUCAUAAACGCCUUCGGAAGCCAACAGGAGCAUCACAUUUACCUACUUCGUCUUCUUCAGCAUCGUUGGCCAAUCCCUCUUUGUUGAAUGAACCAGAACCAGUCGAUGAAGUGCUCCAAGAAGAAGGUAACGCGUACAGAAUCGUGCUAGCUAAAAAUGAUGGGAAUAAUGAUAUAAGUGUCAACUUCACUUUACCCUCUUAUUCAUAUGCAAUGCUUCUCAUUGAUACUUUCAUCACUUAUAAUGAUGGUUGUUUCUAUUUCUUCAAUGAGGGUAUUGUAAAACACUAUUUGAAACAGACCUAUGAUGGUAUCAGUAGUUUUGAAGAUCAUACUUUACAAACAAUUUGGUUUUGCAAAGUACUUCUUAUAUUCGCAACUGGAGAGAUGUACUUAGGGACUGCAAAUAAUAUUAAUGGUAAUAAAUUGUCAUCUAAGGAAACUCCGAAGUUGCCAGGUUCCGGUUUCUUCGAGCAAGCAUCGGAAAUCUUUAGUUGCUUGUUUUCAAGUGGAAGGGUGGAAAACGUUACCAAAGAAGGUGGUAUCGAAGUUAUGUUGUUGUAUGCAUUUUAUCUUCAAGUGGCUGACUGUACAGUGGCAUCCUAUUUCUAUUUCGGUCAAGCGUUAAGAGCUUGCCUAAUCUUAGGCUGGCAUGUAGACGCACAAAGAGACUCUUUGACAAGAUUUGAAUUGGAACAUAGAAGAAGGAUUUGGUGGACCGUGUACAUGUUUGAACGAAUGUUAAGUAGUAAAGCCGGUCUUCCACUAUCAUUCACUGAUAACACUAUUACGACUGAACUCCCUGAUGAUUUUGACAUGACUAACCCUCCACCAGGAUGCGAUAAAUAUAUCUUUCCUGAGGCUGAGUACAUCACAAACUGUGUAAGGAUAACCCAAAUCAACGCACAAAUUCUCAACAAAAUGUAUCAGAAACAGCCAGAUUCUAAUAUUCUUCCAGUUCUCAAGGACAUUGUCACCCAGUUGCUUGAGUGGAGAACGCAUCUUUCUGAUUUUCUACAAGUUGAUUUCACUCAAAAGAAUCUCAAGAUUUCAAGACUUUGUACCAACGUUUUCACUGAAUAUUUCCAAGGUAUGAAUUUGGCUAUCAGACCAUUGUUGUUCCAUUUCGCAUCCAUUCAGCUCAAACAAUUCGAAGUAACUAAUGCAUAUAUUAAUUUGAAGAACUACUCAAGAACAAUCUCAUCCUUGUUGAAUUGUUCUUUACAAGGAUCCAUCAAUACUAUUAGGUCUUUGUGGGCUCUAAUGGAUCAGAACAUGGUCGCAUUAUUUGGUUAUAUGGAUAGAGAAUACAUUUUUACAUCUGCUUGUACGUUGAUAUUGUUCAACGCUGCAUUCGGUAUCCAUGACCAAACGUACGAGCAUUUGGACCACGCUUUGAGGAUAUUCACAAAGAUGAGAAAUUUAGGCAAUAAUCCAGCUGGGCUUAGACGCGCACAACUUUUAAAACUAAUGUCUACUCUCGAUUUCCAUGGUAAAAUGACUGAGUUGAUCAUGAAACAUACGGACGAAUUGAAGCCAAAUUUCCAAUACGAUAUCCACGAUGACAGAAAUGUUAAUAUAGUCUCGCAUGUCUCAACUGCGUUCUCUCAGUUUGGAUCAUCAAACUCUUCAAUAUCUCAAACAGAAUCAAGCGGGAGGCUGCGAAACGAAAUUGCAAUCGAGACUAACGCAACAAGGUUGGAUUCCUUGAAUUUCGACGAAAACUCUGAUAUCCAAAAACUCUUGGAUAUCUUAGAAAACGUAGGCAAAUCUGAUGAUAAGCUUUGGAAAGAAAUAUCUGACCAGGCUAUGUGGCUUGGUAACAAUAUGGAUUCUAUGCAUUCUAUGGAAACUGAGAACAGUUUUGGAGAAUUCAAAGCUGAAGAUUUUCUUUAA